CCCUCUCGGAUGAUCGGAUCUAUCUCCCCAUCUUCACACGCACUUUCCGUCUCCGCCUUUUACCUUUAAUAAAAACCCACAAAAUAGAAAAAGCAAAACCAGAAAGCAAUGAAAAACGAUAGCAGUAGUAGUAAAGAGACGGAGAGAGAGAGCUCGGCUAGUGCGUACAGUAUGGGGGAUUGUACGAGGAAGUGUAAACGAAAUAUUGCAGCUGUGGAGGGCUCGAGCACGAGCACGAGCACGAGCACGAGCAUGAGCAUGGCGGUGUCUAAGCGGAUGAGAAUUGUCGGUUUGCCUUCCUUGACCGUUGAGCUCGAGAACCCUCUUUCCUGCGUGGCUUUGCCCGGGAAUGUGUCAUCUCCUGCCAAUUCAGUGGAUUCUGAAGCAGUGAACGCCGGUGCUUUGAGCUCGAGCUUCUGCUCGGACCAGCUCCUGGCUUCUUGGUGUUCCAGUAAUGAGUCGAGCGAGGUUGUGAAGGACAGCUUUAGGCUCAUGGAUCUCGAGGCCAAGAGUUUCGAAACCGUAGACUCAGCGUGUAUCGACAACACCAAAUUCAGCAGAGAGACGACGCCAUCGAGCGAACUCUGCGGAGAGUCGGAAGAAAUCGAUUCGCUGGCGAGGAAGCCGUCGUCGGCGAAGACUCCACCGAAGGAGGAGAUCGAGGAGUUCUUCGCAAAGGCCGAGAAGCAAGAGCAAAAGCGAUUCGCGGAGAAGUACAACUAUGACAUUGUGAAGGAUAUGCCCCUGGAGGGACGGUACCAGUGGGUUCGUUUGAAGCCAUGAAAAAAAUAAAGA